AUGGCUCCCAAGCCUGUAUUGGGACAAAAUCGAAGCAAGUCUAAUAGCAUCUUUAUCAAAAAACUUAAUCGAUGCUUGGUUAUCAAUAAUAAUUUACGUAAGCGUAUUGAAGAGUUAUCGGACAAAAAUAAAGAAUUAUCAAGGACUAGAAAUAGUAUGUUAUUAGAGAAAUUUGCGUUGCAACAUGAAAAUAACACUAUUAGAAAUUUAAAUAUUCAACUGUCUGCUAAGCAAAAUAUUAUGAGUAGAAAACUUAGUGUACUUGAACAAACUAUACAAAGCUGUAUACCUUCAUUGGUAACAAUGUCACAAUGUAUCCCAUCAAUGUUAGAAAAUGUUCACGAAAUGAGUAAAUUGGAAGUCAACGAAUUUAAUCAGGAAACGAAAGAAAAACAGACUAAAACUGUAAAGCCUAUAAUUCAUGGUAUGACUAUUACUCAACCGACUGCUUCAAUACAACUUGAUAUGUCACCUAUCAUUGAAAGCCCAAGUUCUAGUUCCGAACGAACGCCAAAAAGUCAACGAAGAUCUAGUUAUAGAAGCUCACCUCACUGUAAACCUAAUAUGGAACCUUAUGUAAGAUUAAAAGAUGUUGCAGCUAUGUUGAAAAACUCCAAAGCCGUUCCUAAUGAAAGUCCUAAACGACGAUUGAAUGAAAGUUUAGGCGAAGGCCCGAGUUGGUUAAAUACACAAGAAAAUCAAAUCCAAUGUUCUAACAACAAUACUAAUGUAACACAAUAUAGUAAUAAUUCUCCAAGAUUAAUAACAUCCGAUGAAGCUCAGGCCGAUGUGCCAAUAAUUGCUUCUACUUCAAGUAGUAGUAUGGAUAAUACAUCUAAUGAAACUGAAGUAUGGCACAGUGAUUUAAUAUCAUCUCCUAUUGAUUCAAGUAUGCUUAGAAACAUUACAUAUCGAAAACGUAAUAAACGAUCUAGUGAAACAAGCAUUGCAUCAGAUAUUAAUGAUUCAACCUCUUCAGUAAGACCUAGUAGAUCUGCAAGAAAAAAGAUCAACUACAAAGAAAAGAGCCUUGGCUGUAAACUCAGAAGAUAA